UCGUCUCCUCAAACGGUGUCGUUUUCAUCAUUUAUAAAAUAAUUUGGAAUAUCCAUUUUCUUUUGAGUGAGUGAUAGAAGCGGAACUAGCGGAGGCGAUUUUCUAGGGUUUUUGCUCGGAAUCGAUUUCACGAUGGGAACGAGCAGCGAUCCGAUUCAAGAUGGUUCCGAUGAGCAGCAAAAACGUUCAGAGAUCUACACAUACGAAGCUCCAUGGCACAUCUACGCAAUGAAUUGGAGCGUUCGUCGUGAUAAGAAGUACCGUCUCGCCAUCACUAGCCUCCUCGAGCAAUACCCGAACCGUGUCGAGAUUGUGCAGCUCGAUGAAUCCAAUGGCGAGAUCCGUUCCGAUCCUAACCUCUCCUUUGAGCAUCCAUACCCACCAACGAAGACCAUUUUCAUCCCUGACAAAGAAUGCCAAAGACCUGAUCUUCUCGCUACUUCAAGUGAUUUCCUUCGUUUAUGGCGAAUCGCUGAUGAUCAUUCCCGUGUUGAGCUCAAAUCUUGUCUCAAUAGCAAUAAGAACAGUGACUUUUGUGGUCCUCUUACUUCUUUUGAUUGGAACGAAGCUGAACCACGUCGAAUUGGAACAUCUAGUACUGAUACGACUUGUACUAUCUGGGACAUUGAGCGUGAAGCUGUUGAUACUCAGCUUAUUGCUCAUGAUAAGGAAGUUUUUGAUAUUGCUUGGGGUGGUGUUGGUGUUUUUGCCUCUGUUUCUGCUGAUGGCUCCGUUAGGGUGUUUGAUCUUCGUGAUAAGGAACAUUCGACGAUUAUCUAUGAGAGUUCUGAGCCUGAUACUCCUUUGGUGCGUCUUGGUUGGAACAAGCAGGAUCCUAGGUACAUGGCUACUAUUAUCAUGGACAGUGCUAAAGUUGUGGUGCUCGACAUUCGUUUUCCGGCUCUUCCUGUGGUUGAGCUCCAACGACAUCAAGCUAGUGUCAAUGCCAUUGCUUGGGCUCCUCAUAGCUCUUGUCACAUUUGUACUGCUGGAGACGAUUCUCAAGCCUUGAUUUGGGAUAUUUCAUCCAUGGGACAGCAUGUUGAAGGUGGUCUUGACCCUAUUCUCGCUUACACUGCUGGUGCUGAGAUUGAGCAGCUUCAAUGGUCCUCUUCUCAGCCUGAUUGGGUCGCCAUUGCUUUCUCCACCAAGCUGCAAAUUCUCAGGGUUUGAUCUUUUAAAAGAAUUUCUCAUCUCUUGUCAGAUUAGAUUUUACCCAUUUUCUAUCGUAUUAGGGGUCUUGUUACCCUUCUUACUAUCCUCAAGAUGUAAAGACUGUUCUCAAUCGUAUUAAUGAAUCUGCUUGAUCUUGUUGCUAUCCUCAAAA